CUCGAGAUCUUCCCAGCACUAAAUUCUUCAUCUUUCGCAAAGCUUGGCAGCAUUUCAUUUCCUUAUCAGAAAGUCCUGCUCAUCGGUGCCACCAACGGUAUUGGGAGGCACUGGCCACGAGGCUUGGCGAGAACGGCACCAAAGUCGUCAUUCCUGGGCGACGCAAGGAAAAUUUGGAUAAAUUUGUUGAGAAACAUGGCGAAGACAUGGUCUUCUGCCAAGCCUUUGGAUGUCAUGAAUAUUCGGCCAAUGGUUGUUGAGCACCCUGAUGUGGACUGUAUUUUUGUCAACUCUGGCAUCCAGCGUGCUUUCAACUUUUCCAGCCCCGAUAUGGUCGACAUGGACGUUUUUGACCAGGACCGCUCUGAUCUUCACAACCUCUCAAAUUGCCUUGGUCCAGAUGAUGCGCUGCCCAAACUAUGGUGCCUCAUAGGCCGCUUUGCAUCAUUUUAUCCUCGCCCUCCGUACCAAAUUACUGAGCUCCACGAUGCGAAGCACCAGCCGGAUCUGAAGAGUGGCCGUCUUAUCGGUAUGCCUCUUCAGCAAUUUACCGAAGAGGUAUGGGAGAAGUUGGAUGCGCGGGAAGAUCAGAUUCUGGUUGGCUCGUCUAAGGAUAUUUUCAAUGCAUUUGAGAUCAAGCGUCAGGGGCUGUAUCAGCAGAUGACCGAGAUGCUAUCUGGAUUGUUGAAGCAAUUUUUGCGUUAA